AUUCCAUGGUUUGGCUUUUGGGCCCACAGAAGAAUUGAAUUGAGAACUGAGAUAGCCAAAGAUCAUGCUUGCUUUCUUUUUCGUUUUUUUCUUUGAAUUAAACUAAAGAUCAUGCUUGCUGGGAAUAUGGUUUUUAUUGAUUAACAGAACAUGGUAUUGUCAUCACAAGAUGGCAACUGCAACUCUUCCUCCUCCUCCUUCUCCUCCUCGGAACAAGAAUCUUCUUCACUGCAUAACUCCCAUCUUCUUCUUCUCUUUCCUCCUCUUCACCAUUUUCAUCUUCAGCAAACGAGCUCUCGAGCCCUCGUUCUCCCUCUACACAGAUCUCUUUUCUCAACCCCCUCCUCUCUCUUCUCCUUCUUCUUCACCAGCCAAUUCCCACAUGUCCUUAGCCUCUGCACCACCAACUCCUAAACCCAUUUCUCAAAACAAGAGCUCUGCACCUAAGAACAUCAAUGGCGAGCUCUCUGUUGAAAAUGGGAAAGACCCAGAUGACAAAAACCAAUCUUUUGGCGGAAUGGAUGGUAAUGGAAGUGAUUCAUCCUUAGCCUCUGCACCAACUCACACACCCAUUUCUCAAAACAACAACAGCUCUGCUCCAAAGAGCAUCAAUGGCGAGCUCUCUGUUGAAAAUGGGGAAGACCCAGCUGACAAAAACCAAUCUUUUGGCGAACUGGAUGGUGAUGGCAGUGAUUCAUCCUUGGAGGGAGAGAAAGCGUUAGAGUGUGACUUGUAUAUGGGUACUUGGGUGAAAGAUGAAGGGUACCCAAUUUACAAACAGGGUUCUUGUCCUUAUGUUGAUGAAGGUUAUGAUUGCCAAAACAAUGGUAGGGGUGACUCCAACUAUCUCAACUGGCGGUGGAAGCCUGAAAGCUGUGAUCUUCCCAGGUUUAAUGCAGCAGACUUCUUGAUGAGGCUGAGAGGCAAAAGGCUGAUGCUGGUUGGAGAUUCCAUGAACCGUAACCAAUUUGAGUCAAUCCUGUGUCUCCUCCGAGAAGGGCUGCCUAAUAAGAGCAGAAUGUAUGAGGUCCAUGGCCACAAAAUAUCGAAAGGAAGAGGUUACUUUGUCUUCAAAUUUGAGGACUACAACUGUACAGUGGAAUUUGUGAGGUCGCAUUUCCUUGUGAAGGAAGGUGUUCGUAUUAAUGGGCAAGGGAACACAAAUCCAACUCUCUCAAUAGAUCAAAUUGACAAGACAGCUAAACGUUGGAAGUGUGCUGACAUUCUUGUAUUUAAUACUGGCCAUUGGUGGACCCAUGGAAAGACUGCUCGAGGGAAAAAUUACUAUAAAGAAGGUGAUUAUAUCUAUCCAAAGUUUGAUUCAGUUGAGGCCUAUAGAAGGGCUUUGAAGACCUGGGCAAAUUGGAUUGACAAAAAUGUGAAUCCAAAGAAGCAGUUGGUCUUCUAUCGUGGAUACUCUUCGGCUCAUUUCAGAGGAGGUGACUGGGAUUCAGGUGGCUCAUGUAAUGGGGAGACUGAACCAGUCUUGAGUGGGGCCAUUCUCAAUAACUAUCCUUUGAAAAUGAAGAUAGUGGAGGAGGUGGUAAAGGAGAUGAAAGUUCCAGUGAGACUAUUAAAUGUGACAAGGUUGACCAAUUUUCGCAAGGAUGGCCACCCGUCAGUCUAUGGCAAGAAGGUUAUUGCUGGGCAGAAAGUUUCCACAAGGAGGCAAGAUUGCAGCCAUUGGUGUCUUCCAGGGGUCCCUGAUGCAUGGAAUGAGCUUAUUUAUGCCACUCUUGUUUUCCAACAGAUAGGUUCCAAGACUAAAAUCCAAUGAUUACUUUUCCCUUUUAUUUUUUAUUUUUAUUUUUAUAUAGCUAGAAAAGCUUAUUGUAACUUAUUGUACACCAGCCAAAAAGUAAGUAAAGAA